AUGGAAUGCAUUCGCGCACUUUACCAAUUCUUGGUUCUUUCUAUUCAGUUACUCUAUCGCCCCUUAAGACGGGAGCCUCCCGAUAUCACACCCACGCGGUGUGCGAUUCUCGAAUUACCGAAUGAGCUACUCGAAGCUAUAGUGACCCAUCUCCCUCAACAUGGCCAGAUGCUUAUUGGCCAAACUUGCCGCAGAUUUCAAGCCGUUGCACAUCGAAAUCUUCCUGCUCAGAAAUAUCGCCCAGACACAUCAGAGGGGCGAUUGCUAUAUCUCAGUCAUCGCGCUCGAUCACUACCUGAUCGGUGGGUCUGUACCGAAUGCAUCAAGCUUCAUCGGAUCAAUGUUUCAGAUACACCGGCAAAUUCUUUGUAUACUUUAUACAAGAAGUUUCGUCUAAGUCACAUACAUGUUCAACUUACGCUCAAGUAUACCCGACUGAAUAAGAUGGAACAAAGAUAUGAAGACUAUCUCAAGAGUCUCAUUGCACCAUAUCACAAAUAUCUCAGACCAAACGACUUGGAUACCAACAAGGUCAAGAGAAAAUAUUCGGUGUAUCCAAAGAUUGUCAAUGGACGAUACCUUCUUCAUACUGUUUGGCGUUACUACCAAGCCAAAGGCCCAAUAUCAAUGCAGUCUAUGGGAUACAUAUCAAUCUGCCCUCAUCGGGAAGGCCCUUCUCUCACAGGUACCCUAACUGAGUUCUACGCGAGCCGCAUGUCUCUAGAUACUCAGGCUGAAACAAAUGGAGCGGUCAAUAAUGAUCCCAGGAACGGACUCGAUGUAUGCAUUGAGAGGGCCUUUAGAUUACUACAUACUGAAGUCUGCAGCAGUUGUAUAUACUGUACUACAGAUUUCUCUGUACGAGCUUCUCAAAAAGAAGUUGUUGUUAGUGUAUGGCAGGAUUUUGGUGGCGAGGACACAGCUUUCAGUACAGAAUGGUCUGCAUUGGUGUUCAGGCUUAGAUGUGUUUACUACCAUUUCGGAAGCAUUCGGAAGCUAUAUGAUCAGGCAGACUGA